UCCAACAUGGCUGAUCUCGAAAAUUCCUCCAAAUCUAUACCUAUUCCUCAACAAUCCCCCGAAGAACCUAAAUCUUCUUUGUGUUUAUGGUUUCUCCAAGUUGUAGUCGUGAUAGGAUUUUCCUCGGCGGCAAUAUUGCUAUGUCUAACUCCAAGGAGUCCAAUAUACACCAUCACCGACGCCUAUAUUCCGGCGUUAGAUGGUCGGAAUUCUACUUCACUCCACGCCGGAAACACCUCUAUUCUCUUGAAUCUCGAAUUCUCAAACCCCAACAAAAAGAUGGGCAUCUUCUACAAUAAUAUCAACAUAACCUUAUAUUACCGCCAUGCUGUCAUCGGCUCCCAAACCCUGCCGGCUUUCUACCAAGGCUACAAAAAAGCCACAAUAUAUGAAGUGCCUGUGAAUGCUGACAAACGGUUGUGGAAAGGAGUUACAAAUUCGACAACAGGGUUGAGGGUUUGCUUGGAAAACGUUGUCAAAUAUAAGAUACUCGGUCACACAACAAAGCAUCACCGGAUGUAUAAUCAAGCUCAUGUGCCGGUUGGUUCAGAUGGGAGGAUUUCAGGAGAGAAGAAUAUAAAGCUACAAAAAUUUCUAUGUUAA